GCGCGGCAGGUCCCGCGCGGGUUUCCGCCUGUUGAAGACGCUAGGAUUAUCACACGAUCGCGAUGGACGACGAGGGCUCCCUGCCCAAGAGUUCUGUGUACAAGAUGAUCUCCGAAGGCUUGCCUCCUGGGCUUAGAAUGGGCAACGAUGUGAAGGAGAUGAUCGUCGAGUGCUGCAAUGAGUUCAUCCAGUGCGUCAGCUCCGAGGCGAACGAGAUCUCCACGAAGGAAAACAAGACCACCAUCCUGCCCGAGCACGUUGUCGCGGCGCUGGAGUCUCUCGACUUUGCGUCUAUGAUCGAGACAGUCAAGGCCACGAUGAACGAGCUGAAGGAGGAGGACAAAGAGGUACGGGCGGAGAAGAAGAAGAAGAAAGGGAUGCAGAUCAGCGACGAGGAGGCACUUCGGUUGCAGCAGGAGAUGUUCGCCGCGGCAAAGGCGAGGUACAACUCGGGAGAUGCGACGAUUGGAGCUGGGCAGCCUCCUGCAGCCGCCAAUACGGGAUCAUUAGACUAGCUAAAUAGGACCGUCGUCCCAUGUAUUGUAUCAUCACGUAGUAAUGGCGAAA